GAAACAAGCCGCGUUCGAACAAAACGUUAUUAAGCGGCUGACCGAAAAUGAGGAUUUAGAGAAUAAUCAUCAGCGUUGUGAUGAGCGAUGUCGGGAUGUCUCCUCCCUGCAUAAAAGUUCUUUGCAUUCCCGCCAUGCGUUUUUCUGAAAGUGCACACAGCAACGGAAAAGACGAGUUAAGUUGCUCUGGCGCCAAUCGCAUCUACACCAUGCCAGACACUUGGUUUUAAAGUGGACGCAUCUCGGUAUCGUUCCGAUGCUCUACGUGCUCUAUAUUUGGAAGAUAUUUCGAGUCUUUAAGAAUGUCUUCUUCUCUGGAUGAAUCUUUUGUAAACGUCUGUUUGUCCCUUAUGAAUUUCCUUUUAGAAUAAAUGCCAGCGGAAUAGUUUGCUUUUUGGUUUAUGAUGAAAACCCGCCCUAAUAUGGACACUAGCAUUAAUUCUGAUGGUGGGCAACAAUCCACAAGUACAACUGGUGUCUCUAGAAGCAAGCAGGAUGGCGAGGAUACCGACGACGACGAUGAUGAUCGUGAUGAACCUGUCACUGUCACGACUUCUGUUGCCGAUUCUUGUUCUGCUUCGCAUGAAUUCGAGUGGUUGAGUCCUGGGUCUCAAGGAAUUCCAUGUCAUCAUGUUGGUAAGCAAAUUGAAACAACAGCGUUUGCCGAAGCUUCAGAACAACAACAGUCUGUGCUAUUGGAAGAGCCAAAUAUUGCUUCUUGUCAAGUGUCCCCAGCUCGCUCAAGUCAUCAUCGACAUUACAAACCUCCAGCUUGGCCUCGCAGAUCUGCUGAUAUUAAUGAUCAUAUGAGACUGUCGCCUAGCCCUUGUCAUGAGUUACAUGGUUGUCGACGAUAUCCAAGCCCAAUGCGUUCUUCCUGGUGUUGCCCAUCUCCACCCCCUCACACUUUGUGUCUCCAUCACCAUGGCGGCAGUAUUUUAUCUGGACUUGAAUUGGUUCCUUACAAUAGAGAAUGUUUCAGCUCUGAAGUAUCAUUUUGGCCUUAUCAGAAUUGUUCUUGUUUACCUCCUACUGGUUUGUCAAACAACCGUUACCAAGAAUCUCAUAGUUGGUGUCGCAAUCCUUCACCUCAUCAUGAGGUCCUCAGACGAGAGUCUUCCUCGCCCUGUGCAAUGCACAGGCCUUGUCAAGCUCCUGGAGGGUCUCGUAGGUCUCGAUCUACAAGCUCACGUAAAAGAGAUAGUUCACCGUCUGCUCUUUCUCCGAGAUAUUCUCCUGUUCCUAGUGAGCAGUUGUCCACUGCUAGAAAUUCAGGCCAUGAACAAUGGCAGAUACCUGUACAUUCUGAUGAUAUUAGCAACAUACAGAAAGUUCAAACUUUAGAAAGUGAGAAGAAAAAUUUAAUUUUACAGGCCAGUGUCUUAGCCGAUCAAGUAGAAGCUCAGGCUGAUAAGAUUAACGAGCUUGAAAGGAUAGUGCAGCUGAAGAAGGAAGAGUUUAUUCGGAUGGAACAGAAUUUGCAUCAGGAAAUGAUGACCCGUUCUUCUCUUGAAAAUAACAAACUUGAGUUAAUGACCGAGCUGUCAAAUUUAAGAUUGCGUUUAACUGCAGCUGAACGAGACAGGAAAGAAAGUGAUGAUAAGUGCCGAAAAUUUGAAAGUGAGCUUAUUUUACUUCAAGCACGUCUUUAUGAACAAGAAGCUGAACAUGCUGCUUUAAAAGGAAAACUCUCUCGAAACAUAAACUUGUUAUCUAGCAGUGAACUUUCUGAAAUUGAUAGACUAAAAUCUGCUUUAGAUUCUGUAAUGAAUUCCAAUGAUGAAAAGGAUCAAAAGAUUGAAGAUUUGCGCACUUCUUUGAAUAAUUAUAAGAAAUUACAAGAUAUUGUACUUUCAUCUCAUGUUCGAAAAGUUUCAGAUUCUUCCACCAGAGAUGCACCAACAUUUGACACUGACUCUCAUGUAUCUUCAAUUGGUUCAACUACUAGUGAUAUUUUUAAGGUUCCAGCAACAAUUGCCUCAAUGUCUUCUGUUCCAUCUCAGUUUGACCAAUCAUUACAGUCACAAAACAGUUCUACUGUAGACAAAACUUUUUCCAAUCAUUGCUCAAGCUCAACCUUUCACAAGUCAAAUAGUGUAGAGAACAUUUGCCUUUCAUCUGGUAUGGUUAUGCCAGCUAAAACUCAGUAUGGAACUGUACCGCGUCAAACUGGUACAAACAUUUUACAACAGCUGCAGAGCCGCUUACAAGAACCUGGAGCAGAUAAUAGAAGUUUGUCUUCAACUACUGAUGAAAAACCUGAAGCUUCAAUUGCAGAUAGUGUAAAUAAAACUCUUGGUAAAAACAGCAGAACACUUGGAGGAACUGGACACAAAAGUUCCGGGGUGUCGUUCGGUAAAGGCUUUUUUAAGUUAAAAUCUGGAAAACGAAGUUCAAGUGAACCACAGCUAGCUCAAGAAUGCAUUACUAUUCCCUCUGGAAAUAAAGAAAACUUUGAUUUUGUCUCUCCCCUGAAUUCACAGCCUUAUCUUAUUAAAAAUGAAAACAGAAACAAGGGAUUUUUGAAGUUUUUCUCCAAGUGGAAACGCAGUGGCUCACAGAAUAUUGAUAAAGUGGAAGAUAAUUUCAGAAGAGGUGGAAUUCGAGCAACAGCUGGACCUCGUCUUGGAUGGUCUAGAGACAUUCAAGUUGAUCCUGAUAUACCUUUCUGUAAAUGGUCUACAGAAAUGAUUUCUGAAUGGUUCUGCAAACUAGGCUUAAAUUCUUAUGUUAAUGAUUGCAAAAGAUGGAUGUGUAAUGGUGAAAUACUAUCAAAAGCAACUCCCCAAGAUUUAGAAAAGGAAUUAAACAUAAAGAAUCAUUUGCAUAAGAAAAAACUGUUACUGGCAAUAAAAAGCAUGACUUCUUCUCUGCCUAAUCUACCCUCUUCUAUCAAUAUGCUGGAUUAUCAUUGGGUAGUUCGAUGGCUGGAUGAUGUUGGUUUGCCUCAAUAUAAAGAUUCUUUCGCUGAAGCCAGAGUAGAUGGAAGAGUUCUGCAUUGUUUAACAGUUGAAGACCUUUUGUUUCUGAAAGUUUCAAGUCAGUUACAUCAUACCAGCAUCAAGCGUGGAAUACAAGUCUUGAGAGAAAAAAGUUUUGACCCUCAUUGUUUGGUCAGACGUUCGUUGCCUGAUGAAAUCAAACCAUAUUCCCCUGAUGUAGUAGCUCUCUGGAGUAAUCACAGAGUUAUGGAAUGGUUACGAACAGUUGAUUUAUCUGAGUAUGCGCCUAAUUUACGAGGAAGUGGUGUUCAUGGAGCACUUAUCAUUCAUGAGCCAAGAUUUAAUUCAAAUUUGCUUGCAACUCUUCUCAACAUUCCACCAAACAAAACUCUACUUCGAAGACAUCUGGCUACUCAUUUUAAGCACAUAGUUGGUGAUCCAUUAAUGCAAGUUAAAAGAGAAAAAGAGACAGAAACACCUUUAUCACCUAGUGUUAAAGUUAAGAUUGUAAGAAAACCACAGUUUGCUCUGAAAAAGAAGCGAAAUAAAUCUGAGCUGGAUAAUGAAGAAUACAUUUGCCCAAUGGACAUUCCAGUUUCCAAUGAAUCCGCAAAAUAUCCAGAAGGGGAUAAAUUAGUUGUUAGGAGAAAUAGUGAUCCAUCUCCUCAAGAUCAAAGGCACAUGGACUUAAAGGAAGAAACUGUUGAAAGAAUUGGUGCUGUUUCUAAAGACAUUUCUAACCUAACUUCUAUGUUACAAAGCGAUCAGCUGUCUGAAGCACAGACAACUGUGGUGUAAUUUGAAGAUAGUUUUAAAAAGGCAAUAAGUAGUUUGACAACUGAAAAAAUGUUUUUACGAAGACUUUUUCAACUGAAGUUUUACUACACAUAUUAAAUUUCAGAUUUAGAACAUAAGUGCAAUUGUAGUAUUUUUACUCAGAUACUUAUUUGAAAUUGUUGAAAUCAGUAUUACUUUUUGUAGUUAUUAUUUUUUAAAGAAAAGUGAUGAAUGAGAGUAGUUUUCUAAAGCAAUUUUAUACAGAACACGAGCAAUUUAAUUGCAAGUCAUCACAUUUGCAUUUAUAAUUCAAAGAUAUUUUUAUAAAGUGCUCAUUCUGAUUUUUCACUACAUUGGAUAUUGUGAAUCGGAUGUUAUUAUAUGAUGUGCUACGAACACAUAUCAUUGCUUUUUGUAAUAUGGAAAACAUUACAAAUGUGAUUUUCAAUAACUCUAAUCUGUGGUACAUAAAUAAUGUGUGUAGUAUUUUAUUUUAAUAAAAUUUUUAAGUACA